ACUAAAAUACAAAAAUUAGCCGGGCAUGGUGGAGGGUGCCUGUAAUCCCAGCUACUUGGGAGGCUAAGACACGAGAAUUUCAGGCUUUUGGGGAAAAAAAACCCCAAAACUGUAAUUCCUGGCUGAGGUACGCUUUGUAUAUCCUUUUUAGCUGACCUGAGCCCAAUUUACCUCAAGACUUGGCCCCGUGGUCUCCUCAGCCCAAAUGCUCACUUUAUUCCCCCAUCCCCUCUUUGAGGGGCCUUCGUUCCCCUCACCCUGGACAAGGCAUGCAUGCUCAGAUUUCCCUGUAAAGCAACAUGGGCUCUUGCCUGCCACUCUGGCCGCCUGAUGUCUCCAUUGCAGCCUGUGCCUCAGUGAAGUCCUUAAGAGGGCAAGAGGUGACUUUCUUUCUAACCAUGUAGGUAGCCAGGGAAUCCCAGCUAGAGAUAGGCUUAGAUGGAUGCCAGCAGGCCCCUGAGUAGUUAUGGUUCAAAGAACAAUGUGGAACCACAUAGGUUGCAAAGUGAGUACAGAAAGGCCUCGAGAAGGCCGCAGGCAUUUGCCUUUUUCUUUUAGCUGAUGGGAUGGGGUGAGAUUAGGGGAUGGGACAAGGAAGGAGGAUGCUUUGAACUGAACAGACGACUCUAUCUGACUUCUCACAGCUUGUUCUGUGGGAGAGUGUGGGUCCAGUUGGUUGUAGUUUUUUCCUGUCCCUGGGAAUAUCCCUGCCAGCACUGGGGCCCAGGGCCCUGCAGACUGCCCUGUGCUUCAAAACUUCUUUCCCCAACCUGGCUCAUCUCAUCAUGUCAAGACCUAUUAUGCUUGAGCAGGCAUUGGGCUCCAGGCCUCUGGCCUCACCAGAAGGGCACUUGGCUGUCAGGAUGAAAUCCUGUCUCUGAGCUGCACUCAGUGUGAAGUGCCACCACCUGCAUCUCCCUGUCUCAGGUUUGUGGAUACCCCCUGGCUGGGCUUCAUGGAGAAAUCUCUGAUCACCACCCUGAAUCCCAGAGUAGCCUCCAUCUUAGGACAGAAUGGGAGGCCUUCUGUAACCAGAUAUAACUGGCCAGCAUGGGGAAAUUGAUCAGGAUGGGGCCGCAAGAUAGGCGGUUACUCCGGACAAAGCGGCUUCCUUGGAGUCGCCUCCUCUUCCUACUGGGAAUGUUGAUCAUCAGUUCUACCUACCAGCACCUUAGAAGACCCCGGGGCCUUUCCUCAUUGUGGGCAGCAGUCUCUUCUCAUCAGCCUGUAAAACUGGCCAGCCGGGACCUCCCCAGUGAAGAGAUGAUGAUGGUGAGCAGCAACCCUCCAAAACCUAGCUCUGAAAUGGGGGGCGAGAUGCUGGUACCCCAAGCCUCAGUGGGCAGUGAUGAAGCAACACUGAGCAUGACAGUGGAGAAUAUUCCCGAUAUUCCUAAAAGGACAGCCAAGAUGAUCCCAACAACAACCAAGAAUAAUUAUAGCCCAACAGCAGCAGGUACAGAAAGAAGGAGGGAAGACACCCCAACAUCCAGCAGAACACUGACUUACUACACCUCAACUUCAAGCAGACAAAUAGUAAAAAAGUAUACCCCAACAGCCACAGGAGAAAUGAAGAGCUAUAGCCCAACUCAAGUCAGGGAAAAGGUGACGUAUACUCCUUCCCCACGUGGUAGAAGAGUAGUCACUUACGCUUCAUCCACAUUCAUGACAACGGAAACAAGCCAUGCGAUCACCCCCAGGACAACAGUGAAGGACAGUGACAUUACAACAACCUAUAAAAUACUGGAAACCAACUCUCUUAAGAGAAUAAUGGAGGAAACCACCCCAACCACUCCGAAGGGAAUGGUUGAUAGCACCCCAACUUUUCUGACACAUGAGGUAGAAACAAACGUCUUGACUUCUCCAAGGAGCAUCGUGGAAAAAAACAAUCUGUCUCCCCCCAGAAGAGUGGAAAGUAACAGCUCAGCCCAUCCCUGGGGGUUAGUGGGAAAGAACAACCUGAAGACUCCCCAGGGAACAGUCCUGACGCAUACCCCAGCCACCUCUGAGGGGCAGGUGACAAUAAGCACCAUGACAGGCAGCAACCCAUCAGAAACCAAAGCCUUCACUGCUGCCUGGAGUGUCAGGAAUCCCUCACCGAGGACCAGUGUGUCAGCCAUCGAAACAGCCCCAACCACAGUCUGGAGGCUGGAAAAGAAACCUUACACAGCACCCAGCACCUCAACAACCCCCACAGUCAGGGCAAAGCUGACCACGCAGGUCCAUCACUGUGUGGUUGUGAAGCCAACCCCAGCCACGCCCACCACUCCCUCCCCAAGCCUCACAACGGCCCUGCUCCCAGAGGAGCUCAGUCCCAGUCCCUCAGUGCUGCCUCCCAUCUUGCCAGACCUCCCUCCCAAGGGAGAGUACCCCCCAGAUCUGUUCAGUGUGGAGGAGCGGCGGCAGGGCUGGGUGGUCCUGCACAUUUUUGGCAUGAUGUAUGUGUUUGUGGCCUUGGCCAUUGUUUGCGAUGAGUACUUCGUUCCAGCCCUAGGUGUCAUCACAGACAAGUUGCAGAUCUCCGAGGAUGUGGCAGGCGCCACAUUCAUGGCUGCUGGAGGCUCUGCCCCUGAGCUCUUCACCUCCCUCAUCGGUGUCUUCAUUUCCCACAGCAACGUGGGCAUCGGUACCAUUGUGGGCUCUGCUGUGUUCAACAUUCUCUUUGUCAUUGGCACUUGUUCCCUCUUCUCCCGAGAGAUCCUCAACCUCACCUGGUGGCCCUUAUUCCGUGAUGUCUCCUUCUACAUCCUUGACCUGAUAAUGCUCAUCCUCUUCUUCCUGGACAGCCUUAUUGCCUGGUGGGAGAGCCUGCUGCUGCUGCUGGCCUAUGCCUUCUAUGUGUUCACCAUGAAGUGGAACAAGCAAAUCGAGGCCUGGGUGAAGGAGCAGCUCAGCAGGAGGCCAGCGGCUAAGGUCAUGGCCUUAGGAGACCUCAGCAAGCUCCCGUCCUUGCUGACCCGAGGGAGCAGCUCGACCUCUCUGCACAACAGCACCAUCCGCAGCACCAUCUACCAGCUUAUGCUCCACAGCCUGGACCCCUUGAGGGAAGUUCGCCUUGCCGAGGAGAAGGAGGAGGACAGCUUGAAUCAAGAGGCCAGAGCCCAACCCCAGGCCAAAUCAGAAAGUAAACCAGAAGAGGAGGAGCCAGCCAAGCUCCCUGCGGUCACGGUCACACCAGCCCCUGCUCCAGACAUCAAGGGAGAUCAGAAGGAGAAUCCAGGCGGUCAGGAAGAUGUGGCUGAGGCUGAGAGCACAGGUGAAAUGACAGGUGAAGAGGGCGAAACUGCUGGUGAAGGUGAAACUGAAGAGAAAAGCGGAGGUGAAACUCAACCAGAAGGUGAAGGUGAAACUGGAACACAAGGAAAAGGAGAAGAACGUGAAAAAGAAAAUGAAGCAGAAGGAAAAGGAGACAAUGAAGGUGAAGGUGAGGGUGAAAUCCACGCAGAAGAUGGUGAAAUGAAAGGUAUUGAAGGUGAAACUGAAAGCCAGGAACUCAGUGCUGAAAAUCACGGUGAAGCCAAAAGUGAUGAGAAAGGUGUAGAAGAUGGAGGGGGAAGUGAUGGAGGGGAUAACGAAGAGGAGGAAGAGGAGGAGGAAGAGGAGGAGGAGGAGGAAGAGGAGGAGGAGGAAGAGGAGGAGGAAGAGGAAGAAGAGGAAGAGGAGGAGGAGGGAAAUGAAGAGCCUCUGUCCCUGCACUGGCCUGAAACCAGGCAGAAGCAGGCCAUUUACCUCUUUCUCCUGCCCAUCGUGUUCCCACUGUGGCUGACAGUCCCCGACGUCCGAAGGCAGGAGUCUAGGAAGUUUUUUGUUUUCACCUUCCUGGGAUCUAUCGUGUGGAUAGCCAUGUUCUCAUACCUCAUGGUGUGGUGGGCUCACCAGGUUGGUGAAACAAUAGGCAUUUCUGAAGAGAUUAUGGGCCUGACAAUCCUUGCAGCAGGCACAUCAAUUCCUGACCUCAUCACCAGUGUGAUUGUCGCUCGAAAAGGCCUGGGAGACAUGGCUGUGUCAAGCUCUGUGGGCAGUAACAUAUUUGAUAUUACUGUGGGCUUGCCCGUUCCUUGGUUGCUUUUCUGUCUUAUUAAUGGAUUACAGCCAGUUCCAGUCAGCAGCAAUGGCUUGUUUUGUGCAAUUGUUUUGCUUUUUCUCAUGCUUCUGUUUGUGAUCUCUUCAAUUGCGUCAUGUAAAUGGAGAAUGAACAAGAUCCUGGGCUUCACAAUGUUCCUCCUUUACUUUGUGUUCCUGAUAAUCAGUGUGAUGUUAGAAGAUCGAAUCAUAUCCUGUCCUGUAUCUGUCUGAGUUAAGUCACUCUUGCUCACAAUGGACAUGGAUCAGAAGACUACGCAGAAGUUAUUGUAUCUCUUGUGACACUAAUGAAAGAAUGUAUAUGAGCCUGGAAAGUGAACUGAGUGACCUAGGACCUCUGAUGUGAAUGUGAUCUGAGACUAAGGUUUGUCCUUGGAAACACGUGCAGCUCAUUGUGGAUUAAGAACCUCACCUCUGGAGGGGUGGAGUUUCUACCCCUGACUCAUGCAGACAUUUAUUACAUGGAGGCAAUAGAAGGACCCCUGGAGCCAGAGGGUUUUCUAAAUGAGAGAUAAUUGGGGGCAAAGGUUGGGAUAGGCGCAGCGGCUAUAAGAUAAACUCCUGUGCUCACUGUUCCCUGAUCAUUCCUGAAGGACUGCUGGCCCAAAAGAUGCAGCUGUGGUCUACAUCUCAGCCUUCCCAACCUCUGCCCCAAACACAUGCUGCAAUUUUGUUGCCUCCUUUUCUGUUCAAAAUGUGAGGUUCUAUCAGGUUUGUAAUCACUGUAGGUUCAGUUAUUGGUGAGUUUAAGGAUCCAAGGCUACAGAAAAAAAAGAAGUAUAACAGGAAUCAAUGAUCAUCCCACGUUUUGUAGCCCACUGCCUCUGGAUAUAUACCAGUAUUUUCUUGCUUUUUUUUGAGACAGAGUUUCGCUCUUGCCCAGGCUGGAGUGCAAUGGUGUGAUCUUGGUUCACCGCAACCUUCACCUCCUGGGUUCAAGCGAUUCUCCUGCCUCAGCCUGACUUCAUGAUCUUCUUGCCUCGGCCUCCCAAAGUGCUGGGAUUACAGGCGUGAGCCACCGCGCCUGGCCUAUACCAGUAUUUUCUAGCUUAAAAGGAAGAUUACCUUUAACUCUUAUUGUUGCAUUUCUGAAAAGUGAAAUUUAAAAAGCAGCCUGAAAAAUAAAAAUUUGUAAUCUGCUCUUGAACUGGAAGGAGUGGAGAUUAGGGAAGUAAAACUACUCUAGAGGCCAUUUAAAAGUAUGUAUUUAUUAGAACAUCUAAAUUCAUGUAGUCUCCAUCAGUGGUCACCUUGAGGGAUUAGACAUUCUAAUGGAAUGUCCUGGCUCCACCCUUGGCCAGCUGUCCUGGUUUCACCCUCCAGCAUGUUCUCACCCAACAAUGACAGCUGAGUGGAGUGGGAAGGGAAGUCAUUCUAAAGAGUCCAAAGUCAGUAGCGCCACAUCUGGUUUAUAAAGUAAGAGAUCCAGUGGGGCAAUGCUAUUUUUGUAUGUCAACCUAGAUAGGAUUAUAAAGCAAGACUGAUUUCUUCUGUGCUUUAUGAAGGGAUCUUAAGGUAGUUACAGACAGGAAAUUCCAAGAAUGCAUAACACAAUGACAACAUGGUGAAAAAAGUGCAGUACUACUUCCAAGGUAGCUAGUGUAAAGGACACUUGAGUUUUUAAAAAUGUGGUUAAACAUUUUAUGUGGAAUUUGAUGAGUUUGUAUGUUAAAUACCACUGCUUGCUGCUUUUACUAGAACCAAGUUAAGGGACACAUUAGAAACAGAACAGUUUAAUAUCACUGACUUCAGAGCAAAAUGAGCUCGGGUGACUGCAUAUUAUGAUAGUAAAUAUGGCUUUAAUUACAAAUGAGGAAUGAUUCACUGAAGAUGAGAAGAUGAAAAGGACGGAUGUGAUGUGAAAAACCCAAACAUUUUGGCACUGAACGAUGGCUAAGGUGUUCCAAAUAUUCCAUCUUUUAAGAUGAACUGCUUAAUUAAUUGCCUCGCUACCCCAGGAUUCCCCUUCUUUGGAAAUAAUUUUUAUUAAAUUUCAAUAAACUGUGAAUCCCAAUGGUAUUUUACUUUACAACAUGGAUGGGCUCAUCCUUAUCUUUAGGUCAUUUGGUCAGAAUCCUCCCGAGAAGACUGAUGAAGAGUAUGGAAUCAUGUUCCAAUUCUAUAUUCUUAAUUAUCCUUAUUCCUGAUGCUACUGCAUUGCUGGGUUUCCAUAGCCAUGGCCUAAGAACAGGAAGAGAAGGCAAUGCCUGUGGGAGGGAGGUCCCUACACCAAAAUUCUGGAUGCUAACCUGGUGUCUACAGCCCAUUCCAGUUAGCCUCGGGGAUGCCACCUCCUCAUCCACAGCCUGGGAUCUGAUGCUCUUCCUCAGACUGAGUAAGGAGCGAUGGACCGUAAAAUGCUGUGUAAUGAUAAAAGGCUGAAAUAUCCAUUUAAUGAUAAAAACCAACUCUAAUAAUCUGA